UUUCACACAACCACCUUGCAUACAAGUCCAAAUCCUCAUUCCUACCUCUCAACCUCAUUCAGGUAAAACGUCGAACACCUUCCAAUCAAUCUUUGAAUUCAUACAGAAACUUAACCAAUUGCAUUUUUCUUGAUCUGAUUAUCAACAGCAGAGGCGCAACAUGAGAAGCAAGGAGCAGAAUCAGAGCAAGUUCAUGCGAUUCAUCACAAUUCCCUUCAGGGUUUUGGGAAAAGCUCGGGAUCUCUACGUUAGAAGCUUGACGGACUGUUCUCAUCGAGUCAGCCAUAGCGACAGUGUCGUAUUAGUAAGAGGGCAAUCCUCUGUUUUCCCCAGAAGCUUCAGUGCGAGUUCUUCGAGGUCUGAUGACAACGAAGACUACAGAGAUCUAAUCCGAGCUGCUUCGGUUAGGAGUAUGGGCCACAGAAACGAAAUAGACAUGCUCAUGAAGCAGCAGUUCAUGGCUAUGGCGGAAUCAAGAGGGCUGCCGAAGAGUUGCAGUGUCGGGAUGGGGAGAAUUGAUGAAGACGAGCCCUGUGAGUUCGGCGAAGAGGAUUCUUUUGAGCCCAAGGUGAAGUCAGAUUUGGUUUAUCCGAGGAGCAAAAGCUGCGCUGUCGGAAAGAAAACUGUUCUCUUAUGAACUCUGAUGUCUUAGUUUUUCUUUAAUUCCUACGGGUAACUUCCUGUCUGAGAGAGGUAUAACCAAAGAACCUCUCUUCAUCAUCAUCAUCAUCAUGUUUUGGAAAUGUCUUUAAAGAUUAAUUUUGAUUUUGCCAAGUAUUUACUGUUGUUUGUUUUCUUAUGUUUGUCUGGAUCAGAUGGUUAAUCCAAAUCCUGAUAAAUUAAUGAAUAUUAU